CUCCUGACCUGGUGCUUCGUAAAGUGAUCAACUUCAGUGACUGUACGGUGUGUCUGGAUAAGAGGAACGGCAGUGGAAAGAUCCAGUUCUACCAGGAUCCUCUCCUCUACAAGUGUUCCUUCAGGACCCGACUCCACUUUACCUACCAUAACAUCAACUCUAAGAUCCCUGCUGUCAUCAAGAUCCAGACGAUGGUGGAGUCCCUGAAGCUGUCCAUCACAGACCAGCAGCUGCCCAUGUUCAUCAGGAUCAUGGAGCUGGUCCUCAGCCUCUACUACGGAGAGAUAGGAGGAGGGAAGGACGGAGAGGCGGAGGAGGGGAGCGGACAUGGAGAGGUCAUCACUACGCCAGGUCUGGAAGGAGACCCAGAGGCCCAGGUCAUGGCAGGACAGUACCCCAGCCCAGAGCUUUACAUGCAAGGGGAGGAGGGGGACCAGGGCUGGGUGUCCUGGGCCUGGUCCUUUGUCCCAGCCAUCGUGGGAGCUGAGGAUGAGGAGGGAGAGGAAGGCUUCUACCAGCAGGGGGAGGAGGGAGGCCGGUCCAGCCCACAGCAGAACCCACCUAAAGACCCUGUUGUCUCCAUAGGCUUCUACUGCACCAAGGCCUCUGUCACAUUCAAGUUGACAGAGAUGCAGACGGAGAGCAGUUACUACAGUCCUCAGAAGAUGAAGAGCAGGGAGGGGCUCUGUCUGGUGCAGGAGGGUAUCACCAUGGAGGUGCUGAUGAUGGGGGAACCCUUCUUCGACUGUCAGAUUGGCAUCGUGGGCGUCCGGGCGCUCUGCCUGAAAGGCAUCAUGGGAGUGCGGGACUUUGAGGAGAACUUGAACAGACUGGAGGAGGAUGCAGUGUUCUUCAGCUGUGGAGAGAGUCUGAGCAGUAAAGGCAUGACCUACCUGACCAACUCCCUGUUCGACUACCGCUCUCCAGAGAACAACGGGGUCAGAGCAGAGUUCAUCCUGGAUGCCACCAAUCACAAGGAGACCUACACAGAGAUAUCAGGCAUGCAGCGCUUUGGGGCCUUCUACAUGGAUUACCUCUACACAGUGGAGACCAGCAGCACCAAGGUGUGUGUAGGGCAGCAGGACUUCACCAUGGCGACAGGGCCUAAAGAAGAACCGGUCCCCCCUGUCCAAGAGACGUCUGUCAAGAGGCUGGUGGUCGGACCUCUGGACUUACGGCUCAACAGCAGCGCCGUGCACCGCCUUCUCAAGAUGCUGGCCUGCGCCAUGGACCACGAGUACCAACCCUACUACAAACCACAACCAGACCCAGUGGAGGUGCCCCGGGCUCCAGCCUCCCAGGAGGAGGUAUCAGUGCUGGAGGAGUUUAUCCCUACCAGGCUGACCUGCCUCACCCUGCAGAAGGUCACUGUCACCCUCAACAUGGCCGAGUUCAACCUCCUACACACACUGAUUCCUGUCAUCAUGGGACAGAAGGCCCCACCAGGUCCGGUCAGUGUGCCAGUCUUCCAGGCGAUGCGGCCUCUGCCGGCCCUCAGGUUCCAGGUGGACAGCGUUAAUGUGGAACACUCUGUUCCCAUGUUCGCCCCUGAGCUCAUCAAUACCGUCUCCUCUCUCAGCCAGCCCUCUGAUAACCUGCUGCACCACUGUUAUACACACUGCUACCUCAAGGUGUUUGGAGUCCAGGCUGGUUUGACCUGUCUGGACAGUACAGGCGGUUUCCUCCCUCUGUCCCCUCUCAUCCCUUCCUUCAGUACAGCCCUCUAUGGCAAGCUGCUCCAGAUGCCUCAGUACUGGACAAAGCGCUCGUCAGUCCUGAUGACAGAGUGCAUUUUUGAGCUGCCCAACUUCACGGUGCAGGCCACGCGUCCCCAGACCCUGCUCCUUCAGGCCAUGCUGCAGAGCUGGACCCACAGCCUGGGAGACGGUUCCUCCCCUGGGGUCAACGAGGCCCUGCUCAGCCAUGUCUACACAGCACCAGGUGUGAAGUCUCCGUCUCCUCCUCCUCCGACCCUGGAGGCCUCGGUCCAGAACGUAGAGCUGAAGUUCUGCAGCAGAGCCACGGGGACCUGCGUCGGAGCGACCGUGGGAGCUGUUAAAGUGUGUGCCAGGACCCCAGGUUCACCAGAGGGUGUGAAGGAGAAGCUGGUUCCUCUGCUCCAGGGUCCAUCUGACACUAAAGAGCUUCACCAGAGUCGCUGGCUCAAUGAGAUCCGUAAACCUGAGUCCCUGCUGGCCCUGACCUCCUGA